UGAACAACUGACUAAAAAACAAAAACAGAAUUUUAAAAUCCUUAGAAAACAAAUGAGUGAACAAGAUAACAAAGUAAAAGAGCUGAACAAAGAAAUUGAAAAUUUAAAAGAAAAAGAAUCCAUGUCAAACAAAACACUAGAGAAACUGUCUCAAGAUAUGAAAGAAUAUGAAAACAAAGUGCGCAAAAUAAACAAAGAGAUGCAAGAUAUAAGAGACGGUAUGAAAGAAGAAAUUAAAAGCCAUUCUGAUUUGAUUGUUUCUUUACAAGAUGAAAAUAAUAAAAUCUUGGACAAAACUUCAACCCAAUUUGAAAAGUUACAAUCAAAGCACAAUGUAAUGUAUAAACUCCUACAACAAAGGUUGAUGCCCAUUGACAAACUGAUUCAAAACUUUAACCAGAACUUGGAAACUAGGAAAGAAAAAUUAAAUAAGCUGGGUGAACUUGAAACUACUAUUUCAAAGUUGUCUAACGAUUUUCAUCUCAUAGAGUCAUGUGUAGGUCACAGAUAUGCUUGUCAUGUGAAGCUUGAUAGCACACCUAUCAGUGUUGGAUUAAUUAUUUCAAGAUUCUGGGAUGUACAUGAAUAUAACGGUCCACAUUUUAAUCGAACAACAGGAAAAUUUGUAUCACCACAUGAUGGUUUAUAUCUUGUCUGUGUCAGUCUAAGUGAAAGGGAAGGUAAACAGAUUGGAGUUAGCGUGAUGGCUGGAAGCAGGUGCUGUACGCCAAUAGAAGUGAAAUGUGCAAGAACUAGCGCUGCUGGGUCAGUGGUUGUUGACAUGAAAAAAGGUCAAGAAAUUUACCUUGAAGUGUUUCAAUCAGAUAAAGGCGCAUCUUUAUCCUGCUAUAGUAGUUUUACUAUCGUUAGUUUAUAG